CAGCGAGUGCCUGUGCAGCAUAAUAACAGCCAACCGCUGCCCACGCCGUGCGCAGUGCAGUGCUGAAUUUUCUGAUUGGCAGAUGCGCGCGCAUUGUUGGAUCUUCGGCAACGAGGGAACGUCCCGCUCACAUGACUGAGAAGAGCUGCAGCGCAUCACAUCCAGCCAGCUGACAUGCGUUGCAUCGUGCUGUGCGUUGGCGGGGUGGCGUGCCUUGAUGCCCAAGCUUUUGUUCCGGGCAUGGGUGGCCGUGGACUGUUCGGAUCGGCGCGCAUCCUGGGUGGUUGCAUAUGGAUGGUGUUGGGCGGACGUCUGGGGCCAGUUCCGCAGGUGAGACGAUUCCUUUGCGUCAAGCGAAGCUGCAUGGCCUGCUUUAGGAGAUCUGAAUCGCGCUUGUCGGGUGCUGCAGCACUCGAUUCAUUGCCUGUGGCCAUAAUAAUGAGGCUGCAGCCAGGUGCUUGCACGUACUCGCCAAUCUGCCGUUGCGCCCACGGCCCAAUAGCGCCCCCGCGAAGCACACGGCGAGCGGAAUCCGCAGUCGCAAAUUGCAUUGAAAUUACCGGCCAGCCACGCUCUCGCGCAAGCAAUCAAGCAGCCCGUGUUUUCAUUCGCGAACGGCUGGUCCGAAGCCGCCUAGCUGCCGUACGACCAUCGGCACGGGAGGGCACGCAAGCAAGACGCAAGGUCCCCAAUCUGACGCCGACCCGCGUGUUCCCCAUCACAUGCAUAAGCGCCAACUCGACCCUGCUACCUGCACCAGAUUCCUUGUCGCCGCCUCGAGUCCUUGUGCAACGUCAUCCAGGGCUCGAGUCCGUCUCCAGGGAUCUGCUUGCGUCGCGCUGCGCUGGCCGUGCAGCUCCAUUUACAAUGGGGAGCUAG